AUGCCGGCACUCGACCGGCCUCGACGGGAAAAGAAGAACGGGAACAGUAGCAAGUUCAGCCCCGACCCUCCCAGGAAGUCGAAGAAGAAGAAGGCCGUGCCCAAGCAGGUCACGGCGCGCAAGCCGCGCGUAUCGACGAACGCCGCCCACCUUCGGCGGAGGAGCGCCAGACCGGUAAGCGUGAACCCCUCGGACCACUCGGAGGACCCGCUGUGGUACCUCGCCGACCUCGCCGCGGAGAUACCCGGCGGGGUCGGCUCGCCCCCGAACCGCGGCGGGAACCUCCAAACGCGCGAGAACGUCGACGGGCGCGACGUCGGCGAGCGCGUUCGAUUGACGCGCGAGGCGAUCGCCCUGGAAGUCUCGCGGCUGGACGACCUGAGGCGCGCGAGGCUCGGGCUGAGGGACCUCAGGGAGCGCCGGCUGUCCCUGGUCGCGGGCGAGGGCGUCCGCGCGGAGGAGCUCCUCGCCGCCAUCGCGCGCCUGGAGGAGGCGUGGCGAGCGUUCCUGGCGCGAAACGAGGUGAGGUGGAGUGACCAGCUCAGAAGGGACGGCGAGUCGCAGGUGGAGGCCAGGAGGAGGCAGCGCGCCACCGAGGCGAGGGUGGCGCGGCUUGAAGGUCUCGCCAAGUCACUCGCGAGGGAGAGAGCUGACGCCGCGCACGCCUCGCCGGUGACCCCCGCGACCGGCACGCGCGCGACGAAUCCCAUCGCGACAUUCGAGGGUCGCGAGUGCGCGCCGUUUUCGCGCACCCCGCCUUGGAAGGGGUAG